GCAGGAGGAGAAACUGAAGCGGCCGCUCUCACACAUGCAGGCGUGGGAGAUCGCCCAUACGCGGAAGGACCCCAAGCCUGGCGAGCCCAAGUACUACGGCAAGAAGACCGCAGGGAGGAAGAAGGCCUACUCCGAAGCGUAUCUGGAGUUACAUCCUGACACACCUGACCCCAUUGCGGCGCCUCUGGACGACAUGGCGGUGGUGAGGAUGGGGCCCAAGGAGCACGGUCGGGAGGCGGUUCUCGAUGCUGUGAUCACUCCUAGUAUCUCCUACACACAGCUUCGUCGGAUCGACCCGAGCCUGAGCCAGCGCACGAGCCAGCCAGUGACUAGUACACAGUACCUCUUUCAGGAGCAACAAUCUGCCUACAUGGAGUACACACGCCAGGAGACCAUGGCGUGGCAUCAGAGGCUUUAUGAACACCAAGUGCAGAGGGAUAGCCAGAUGCAGCAGGCUUUUCAGGAUAUGGCGGCCGGCAGGUGUCCUCAGUUCCCUCCAGCACAAUGCCCUCCAGCACAACCAGUGCUGAUGAGCUUUGAGGAGUUUGUGGCACAGAACGCUGGCCCCUCGCCGGGAACAGGUGGAUCUACCGUUGGCGGUGGUCUUCGCAGCACUCCGGAGACACGGAGCCCGACCACUCUGAUCCACGGAGGCGGAGGCGGAGGAGGAGGCGGUCUUGGCGGUAGCGCUGCCGCUAGCAGUGACGACCUGGGCUUCGGCGGUCUUGGCGGUGACGACCUCCGUGGUGCUCGACGUCCUGGCGCUUAA